AUGGCAGCUUCGGGCCACGGCGUGUUUGCCAGCGUCGCAGGAGCGGAGAGGGAGGAGGUCGUCGCGUUCGCCUUCAUCAUCGGCUCCCUCUGCGCGGCCCUCCACGAGUCCGUCGAGGGCGGCUCCGGCAGCUCGAUCUGGGGCGCCACGAGCUGGCUCUGCCUGCGCGCGCACCGCUUCCAUGCCGCGAGGGGGUGGUGUGCGGCCCUCACAGCGGCCCUGCUGCUGGCUGCUGCCGUGCCGUUGAUGCCGGCGUCGUGCCCCUCGGAGCGGCUCGCCGGCGCCGCCCUGUUGGCCGGGCUCGUCUCGUGCGGCCUCCGUGCGGUGGGCCGGCUCCCCUUCCCCAAGGCCGUGGUGUUCCGGGUCGGCGACCACGUGCAGCACGGCCACGGCAGUGCCGCGGUGUUCGGGACGGUGCGCUUCGUCGGCAAGACGGAGUUCGCGGAGGGCGAGUGGGUCGGGGUUGAGCUCAGCGGCCCCGUGGGCAAGAACGACGGGACCGUGCAAAACGUUCGAUACUUCACAUGCGCGCGAAUGCACGGCAUCUUCGUGCGCCCCAGCCAGAUCCAACCCGCCGAGGAUCACAAGCCUGGCACAGGGCAUGGGGCCAGUGCAACGCAGCGCCUAAUGGCACCUCCCCCGCGCGCUGGUGGGCGUCAGAGCAGGCGCAGCAAUGCGCAAGCGCCAGAGCCCGACAGCACUUCCACCAACACCGGCCUCGGCACUGGCAUGCACGAAGACGUGCCGAAGGCCAGCGGGGCGCGUUCUCCGGAAUUGUCAGGCUUGCAGCAGCCACAGGGCGCGCAGGACGAGCAGGCCGAUUCGGCGCGCAUGCGGCUGGUGGAGGCAAUGGAGCAGCACGUCGGCCUCGAUCGCUUGACGCGGCUGCGCCGGGCCAUCCCGCCCGCGCUUGCCGCUGGCGUCCUGAAGGGCGAGGUGGAGGGCGCGUGGCGCAUUCUGGAUUUCGAGGUGGACCGGCUGUCGGAGACGGAGGCGCGCCUGCGCCGGGAGUGCGGCGUGCUGCAGGAGACCUCCGUCGCCUACGAGGAGCGGGAUUGCGCUCUGGUCGAGGCCGCUCAGUCGAGGACCGAGGCUCUCGAGGCCAGUCUGCAGCUGCAGCAGGCGCGGGCGGAGAUGCAGGCCUUCCAGCUCGGGCAGGAGGCGGUGCAGUGCGCGCAGCUGCGGGGCUCCCUGGAGCAGGUCGAGACGCGCGCCGAGCACGCAGAGGCGCCCGUCCGACGCUCGCCGUCACAGCAGCGGACCGAGUCGCUGGAGGCGCGGCUGCGGCUCCAGCAGGAGCAUCUGGACCUCCAAAGGGCGCUGCUCUCCCAGGAGAGCGCCGAGCGAGCGCAGCUGCGGGCCCGCCUGGAGGAAGCCCUCAGCACGGAGGCCGGCCUGAAGACCUCUCGGGGCCGCGUGGCCUCGUCCACCUCGUCCGCGCGGUCGAGCCUCAAGGAGCGAGUGGGGGGGCUGCUCGAGAGAGGGCUCGACGACGGCUCCCUCGAGGAGGCCGUGAGCGAGGUAGAGCGCACCGUACAUCGGCGCGCGCCGGCGGAGCCGCUCGCCGCGUCGACUCGCAGCUCGGACGAGCAGGCUGCCAGGCUCGUCGCCGCGCUCGAGGAGGCCGCCGCGCGGGCCUCGGCAAGCAUCGCAGAGGGCGCCCUGGCAGCGCAGCACGAGCUGGCCUCGGCGGCGGCGCGGGGGAUCUCCGCGGCCGAGGCUGAGGCGGCGAUGGCCGCCGCGCAGGCGCGGGCCAGCGCGCAGGAGGCGCGGGCCGCCGCGUCUGCGGCGGCGGGGGCAGCGGCCACGGCGGCCCCCGUGGCGGCGGUGGCGCGGGCGUCGCUCGGCGCAGUGCCAGGACGCGGGCUGUCUGCAGCGCCGGUCCCCGUGCCCGCGGCGGGCCACAGGUGCCUGCGCCGGGGGUCUGCCCCGCCGGCGGGCGCAGGUGCCGGCGGCACGUCCCAGCAGGCCUGGCUCAGCGCCGUGGCGCAGGUGGUCGAGGCCGCCACGCAGCCAUUGGCCGAGGAACUGCGGGCGCUGAAGGCGCAGUUGUCAACGCAGGUGCCCAAGCUAUCCGACGUGGACUGGACGCAGACCGUCGAGGUCCCCGAGUGCUACCGCAAGAGGGCUGCUUGGAUAGCAGAGACCCACCACAGGGCAAUCACCCUGAAGCAGCUGGGAGAGCUGGGCGAUCUUGCCAGGACUCGGGGCAGCCACGAGCCGAGAAAGAUUGUGAGGACAGUUGUGGAAAAGAUGCACAUCAUUGAUCCGAGCCCAGACCACAGCGUCGGACGGAUCACUUGGUCAAACAUCAACCUCUACCACAUCAACGACCUGUUCGUGAUGCCCCUCACAAAGGCCGAGCAGUGCUCCCUCGUAGACCUCAUCGCUCUCGGGCCGCAGGAGCCGCAGUGGUUCAUCUCGCACUGGUGGGGCACGCCCUUCCAAGACAGCCUGUCUAUGCUGCAGUACCAUGCCGCCGUGCACAACACCCCCCUGACGACUGCCUACUGGAUGUGCACCUUCGCCAACAACCAGCACAACCUGGCGGAGCUCAACGACGCCGACCUGAUGCAGACGCCUUUCGUGCGCGCCCUGGUGUGCCCCUCGUGCCUGGGCACUGUUAUGCUCAUGAAUCAGACGGCGACCCCUUUCAAGCGAGUGUGGUGUGCGCUCGAGGCAUUCGUGAGCAUCAGCCCCGAGCUGCACAAGAAGCAGACUGCGCAUUUGCUGGAUGUGGCGGCAAUCGUGCACGAUGGCACGCAGGUGCAGCAAAGCGUAGAGCACGAGGAGCCAGAGUCUGCAGGGCGCCGAGUCUUGUCGCGCGGCACGUCGACGAAUCUCGUUCUGAGCAGGAAGGAGCGUCGGAUCCCGCGCUGCGCCGCGCUGCUGAAAGACGACGGGACUAACAAUUGGAUGGACCACGCUGAGGUGGAAGGAGCAUGGUUCCCAUCUGUGGCGCUCUUCGGCUGCAAGGUGGACAUCACUCAGGCAGAAGCCUCCAACCCAGAGGAUAAGCGAAAUAUACUAAGGCUGAUCGUCGGCCAGACCAGCUACGACGAGGUAAACCUCAAGAUUCGACGCAUCUUCGCUCCCAGGGCCUUGUGCGAGGCAGCCCGUCAUGACGACGAGACCUGCCUUGAGGACAUCCUCGCGAAUGUGCUCGACGACAAAUCGGUCAUUGACCACAAGAACACUGCAGGGGAGGCUCCUUUGUGGAUCGCCGCGGCGCACAACCACGUCGAGUCGGUACGAACGCUCCUGGCGCACCGAGCGGACGUGGACUGUGCCAAAGCCGACGGCUCCACGGCAGUCUACGCCGCGGCCGCCCAGGACAGCGCUGCGGCCCUCGAGGUGCUGCUGGAGGCCGGCGCCGACCCGGACCGCGCCAACUCCGAGGGCAUCACGCCCUGCUACGCCGCGGUCCAGUUCGGCCACGCGGAGACGCUCGACCUGCUGCUCGAGAGCGGGGCGAGCCCCGACCUGGCCAACGGCGACGGCCUGAGGCCGGCGCAC